ACGCGCAAGUUAGCCACUGGCCCCAUCAACUAAACUAACUACAUAACAUAUGAACACGUUCAAGAUAACGCCGAGACUUCUCUCUCUAGUCUUGCUCUGUCACCCUUUUCCUUCUUCCUCUCUCUAAAUUUUCCCAAAUUAAAACACCGUCCUAUGUAACAUUUUUUUUAUGUCCACUCCCACAUAAUACAAAUUACAUUGCAAUUUCUCUAACAAAAAAAUUGUUCUCGUUUACGUUUAUCUUCUGAACUUCUACUUUCUCUCUCUGUUCACUGAGAGAUCCCUCUUUCUUCUUCUCUGCUCAUUCGAUCUUCUCGAUCAGGCUCUCCAACAUUCUCGCGCUCAAUUCCUUCACUUUCUUGACCAUACUCUCGCGAAAUUCGGCCUCGCCUCGCGCUUCCGCGGUUGCUCUGUUUCUCCGAAUUUCAAUUCGGGAUUAGGGUUUAUGGCGCGUCUCGCGAGUUUGGCGUCGGGGGUGAAAUCUUUGCUUCUGGGGUUCUAGAAGUUGGGAUUUUAACACCAGCCGUGGAUUCAAUUUAAUGCGGGCAUCGUGAUUUGGUCACUCGGCGAGAACCAUGAUUAUCAAGCGGAACUUGAAAUCCCAAAUGCCGAGUCUGAAACGGGUCAGAGUCGGUGACUCGGUGGGAGAGGACGACGAGUGUUCCUACGCUCGCAAGAAGAGAAAGACCAAUGGUUACUACCCUCUGAACCUUCUCCGCGACGUGGCCGCCGGCGUAAUCCCGGUGAGCUUUCACGGCCUGCUCGGCGCCGCCGGCGUGGCGGAGAAGGGAUUCUCUGCGGCGUGGUGCACGCAGGUGUCGUGCAACGAAGUGGAACCGGACGCGAAAAACGACGUCGUCGCGGUGGAAGUGAAGAAGAAGAGCGAGGUUCAGCGGCCGCCGCUGGUUCGGACUUCGAGGGGGCGGGUUCAGGUUCUGCCUUCGCGGUUCAACGACUCGGUUAUUGAUAAUUGGAGGAAGGAGAGCAAGAGUAGUAGCGGCUUGCGGGAUUGUGAUAAUGACGAAGAAUUUGAAUGCAAGAAGGAGAAGUUCAGUUUCAGGGCACCCAAAGUUUGCAAUCAGAAGAAGGAGAAGACGAGUUCUAAGGCUCGCAAGUACUCCGCAUUGUGCAAGAGUUUUGAUGAUAAGAGCAAGUGUUUGAGUUUGCAGGGUGGCGCAUUGGCCUUGAGGCGUGGGGUGGUGGUUGAAGAAGAUGAGAGGGGAAGGUUUUUGGAGGUGGAAGGGGUUUUGAAGAGAGAUGGAUUGUUUGGACCCGAAGAUUUUUAUGCGGGUGAUAUAGUGUGGGCCAAAGCUGGGAGAAAGGAACCUUUUUGGCCAGCCAUUGUUAUUGAUCCUAUGUCUCAGGCACCUGAGUUGGUUCUCAGGUCUUGCAUAGCUGAUGCAGCUUGUGUCAUGUUUCUUGGGUACGCGGGGAAUGAAAAUCAAAGGGACUAUGCAUGGGUGAAGCAUGGGAUGAUUUUUCCAUUUAUGGAUUAUGUGGACAGGUUUCAGGGGCAGUCUGAGUUGAGUUACUAUAAUCCUUCUGACUUCCAAAUGGCAGUAGAGGAGGCAUUUUUGGCGGAGAGGGGUUUCACAGAGAAGUUGAUAGCAGAUAUAAAUACAGCAGCUGGGAAUAAUGGUUAUGAUGAUUCUAUUCUGAAAGCCUUUCAGGAGGUCAGUGGUUCAAACCAGUAUGCAGGAUAUCACUUUCUGAACCAGGAUUUAUUUGAUAAGAAAGAGACAGGGCCCUGUGAAGCCUGUGGAUUGAGACUUCCUUACAGGAUGCUAAAGAAAACAAAGGAUUCAAGUUCUGGUGCCCAAUUCCUGUGUAGAACAUGUGCUAGGUUAACGAAAUCAAAGCAUUAUUGUGGCAUAUGCAAGAAGGUUUGGAAUCAUUCAGAUAGUGGAAGUUGGGUGCGCUGUGAUGGAUGCAAAGUGUGGGUGCAUGCAGAAUGUGACAAAAUUUCUAGCAACCUUUUCAAGAAUCUUGAAGGCACUGAUUAUUACUGCCCUACUUGCAAAGCCAAGUUUGAUUUUGAGUUAUCUGAUUCAGAAAAAUCACAGCCAAAAGUCAAGUGGAACAAAAACAAUGGGCAGCUAGGGCUUCCGAAUAAGGUCACUGUUCUCUGCAAUGGUGUGGAGGGCAUAUAUUUUCCAAGCCUUCAUUCAGUUGUGUGCAAGUGUGGGUUUUGUGGGUCAGAAAAGCAAGCACUGAGUGAAUGGGAACGACACACGGGUUCCAAAUUAAGAAAUUGGAGAACAAGUAUUAGGGUGAAAGACUCCAUGCUACCUCUGGAACAAUGGAUGCUGCAGUUGGCAGAAUUUCAUGCUACUGCUCAAGUUUCUGCCAAGCCCAAGAAACCUUCUCUAAAAGAAAGAAAGCAGAAAUUGCUUACCUUCUUGCAAGAGAAGUAUGAACCUGUUUAUGCUAAGUGGACUACAGAACGCUGUGCUGUUUGUAGAUGGGUUGAAGACUGGGACUACAACAAAAUUAUCAUUUGCAACAGAUGUCAAAUAGCUGUUCAUCAAGAAUGCUAUGGAGCAAGAAAUGUCCGUGACUUUACAUCUUGGGUUUGUAAGACCUGCGAAACACCUGAAAUCAAGCGGGAGUGUUGUCUUUGUCCUGUAAAAGGUGGUGCUCUAAAGCCGACUGAUGUUGACACAUUAUGGGUUCAUGUCACUUGUGCUUGGUUUCGACCUGAAGUCUCUUUUGCUAGUGAUGAGAAGAUGGAGCCUGCCUUGGGUAUUCUAAGUAUUCCAUCAAACUCUUUUGUGAAGAUUUGUGUUAUUUGCAAGCAAAUUCAUGGAUCAUGUACACAAUGUUGCAAGUGUUCCACUUAUUUCCAUGCCAUGUGUGCAUCAAGGGCCGGUUAUCGAAUGGAGUUGCAUUGUUUGGAGAAAAACGGCAGGCAAACAACAAAAAUGGUCUCGUAUUGUGCUUACCACAGGGCUCCCAAUCCAGAUACCGUUUUGAUUAUGCAAACCCCUCUUGGGGUCAUUUCAACCAAAAGCCUUCUCCAAACUAAGAAAAAAACUGGUUCGAGGUUAAUCUCAUCUAACAGAAGAAAGCAAGAUGACCCUCCUGUUGUUAACACUGAGCAUGAACCAUUUUCUGCGGCUAGGUGUCGAAUCUUUCAAAGAACAAACCAUAACAAAAAGAGAGCAGCAGAUGAAGCCGUUUCUCAUCAAGCGAGGGGUCACUAUCAUCAUCCUUUAGAUGCAAUACAGAGUUUAAAUACACCCAGAGUGGUACCUGAACCUCAGGCAUUUUCUUCCUUCAGAGAACGCCUUUACCACUUGCAGAGAACUGAAAAUGAACGGGUUUGCUUUGGUAGAUCGGGCAUACAUGGAUGGGGCCUCUUUGCACGUAGAAAUAUUCAAGAAGGAGAAAUGGUUCUUGAAUAUCGUGGUGAACAAGUGAGACGUAGCAUUGCAGAUCUGAGGGAGGCGCGCUAUAGAUUAGAAGGGAAAGACUGCUAUCUGUUUAAGAUUAGUGAAGAAGUGGUGGUAGAUGCCACUGAUAAAGGGAAUAUAGCACGGCUGAUUAAUCAUUCUUGUAUGCCAAAUUGCUAUGCAAGGAUCAUGAGUGUGGGUGAUGAGGAGAGCCGGAUUGUACUCAUCGCUAAGACUAACGUGUCUGCUGGUGAUGAGCUAACGUAUGACUACUUGUUUGAUCCUGAUGAGCCAGAUGAAUUCAAAGUCCCAUGCCUAUGUAAAGCUCCAAAUUGCCGGAAAUUCAUGAAUUAGGAAGGAUUAUACAAAUCAGAUGACCAGUAUUGUUUCUUCUCCGCAAGGAGCACUAACCCCAUCCCCCUCUUCUGCAGGGAAUCUCACAGUUACACCAAAAGCUGUAAUUUUUAUCAAACCAAAAGAAGAGAACAAAAAUAGGGAGAAAAAAAAUAGGCAUAGUUUAGUGUUUUUCUUUUACCCUUUUGGUUUCCUUUGAACAUUCAUCGAAUUCUAAUAAAAGCUAGAUUUGGUAGCUCUUGACGUCCCUGUAAAUGUAUUAUCACCCCCAUAUUACUCUUAUUUUCUCAAAUUUAAUGCUAACCAAUUUCUUA